GGGCCAUUUUUGUUUUGGGGAUUGGGUCGAAUCUGUUUGGGUUCUAAUGUUGUGUGAUUGGAUUUAAAAAUAGUUAGUUAUGAUGGUGAAUUAAAAUGCACGAUUUUCAAUUUAAAAAAAAGGAAAAUAGGCAACAGCAGAAGAUUGUAAUUAUUUUGAAAACCCAGGGCAGAACCUCGUUAGGAAUUGAUUUUGCUUUAAUAGUAUAGAUGAACUUUCUAUAACUUAUGUAAAAAAUUAAUUUUUGUCAAAUUGUUUCAAUAUUUAUAGUUUUUCCAAUUUAUAUCUAUAUUUAUUAGUUUCAAAUACCUUUUUAGAUCUCAAACACAAUUAUCAAUAAGAGUUGAGAAAGAUUUCAAAAAUAUUUAUUUUCAUUUAAGUGUAGCCAAUAUUAAAUCUAAAAAUUCUCUGACACUUUUUAUUUAGUAUCAAUUUAUAAAAUACAUAUGAUAUGUGCAUGCUACAAACAAAAUUGAAUAUAAAUACCGGAAACUUUUUAAAAGUGUUUUCUGAAUUAUUCGAACCAAUCUUGUUUCGUCACCGCACCAAUAUUCAAAUCUUGUUUUGAAAAGUAUUUGUUUAAAUGAUCAUAACUAGUGGAGGUUAACUAGAUUUAUGUUUGUUAACGUUGAUCUGUUAUCAAGUACAAAAAGGAAAGUUUAAUUUGUUUAAGAUCGUUGUUUGAUACUUAUACUAACUUCUCUAGUCAAAUGUGAUUUCUAAAUAUUUAACAUUUUCAUAUUGCUAACAAAUUAAUAAUUAUUUUUUCUCUUAUUCUCCUCUAAAAUAUUAUUACAAAAAAACUAAAGAGUCUCAUGUCAAAUACCAGUUACCAAAUUAUGAAUUUAAACGGAACCUGCAUAUAACUAAAUAAUGACUAAAUUGAGCCAUAAAAAUUUAUAAAUUUAGUAUCAUAGAAAAAUUGGUGUUUAAAUUUUCUAGUUUAGAUGGUGAGAUUCAUACUGUUUAAUUUGUAAGUAUGGAGAAGAAAUUGAUAUAUGAAUUUUUAUUUAUGAUCAUGGAUCUAAAUUUUGAUUUAAAAGGAGUUUGCUUAAGAUUUUAUGACUAUUCCACAAACAAUAUAAUUUUGGCUGCGUCUGGUCACCCUCCUCCUUACAUGUGGAAUUCUCAGCAUAUGAUGUCACCAUAUGGAACACCCUAUGCAGCGGUUUACCCUCAUGGAGGAGGAGUUUCCGCUCAUCCCGGAUUCCCCAUGAGAUCACAGCCUCAAGUUCAAAAGGGCCCACCUCUAACAACUCCGGGGACGCCUUUGAACAUGGACACUCCUACUAAAUCUACUGGGAAUACAGACAAUGGACUGAUGAAGAAGCUGAAAGAAUUUGAUGGACUUGCUAUGUCUCUAGGAACUGCUGCUGAUGAACGUAAACGCUCAUGGAACAGCUCAGAAACAGAAGGUUCAACUAAUGGAAGUGAUGUGAAUACGACUGGGGCUGAUGAACCAAAACUCAAAAGAAAUCGAGAGGGAACUCCAACAAAAGAUGAGAAGAGAUAUUUGGUUCUGUCUUGCUCAUUUCGUUCUGUCUCUCCCUCAAGUGGUGAUGACGGUGUAAAACCGGUUCAAAGAGCUAUAGUCUCUCCUGGUGUAAGUGCAAAUUCCAACUCUUUCAUGUCACAGUCUUUAGCCAUGGUUCAACCUGAAACUUGGCUUCAGAACGAGAGAGAACUGAAACGGGAGCGAAGGAAACAGUCUAAUCGUGAAUCUGCCAAAAGAUCAAGAUUAAGGAAACAGGCCGAGACUGAAGAACUCGCUCGGAAAGUUGAAGCAUUGACAGCAGAGAACAUGGCGUUAAGAUCUGAACUAAACCAACUUAAUGAAAAAUCUGAUAAACUAAGAGGAGCUAAUGCAGCCUUGCUGAAUAAUUUGAAAAGUUCAGAACCGGAGAAGAGUGUGUUCGGGAAUAAGAACUCAGGAUCUGGAUGCAAUGAGUCUAACUCUAGUAGCAAACUGCAUCAACUGCUUGAUACAAAACCUCGAGCCGACGCUGUAGCAGCAGGCUAACGAAUGUUUGAUCGUUACACUCUAGUGCCGGUUUAUACUUAAUUUGUCAACAUAAAAAAAGAAAAUAUGUGUUGCUAGUUUUCAGAAAACUUGGUAGGUAGUAUAGAAAGAGAGGGAGAUAUGAUUUGAUGUUGUGGUAGUUGUUAAUAUAGAGGGGUUUUAUUUUUGGAUUAACCAUUUAUGGAAGAGCCAAGACUAAUCUCCAAAGGGGAGGUUGAUAUAGAGAGGUUUUGUUGUGUGUUUUUCUUUAUACAUGGCUUCCUCUAAUGCAUUUAGACAUGAUGUAAUUUUAUGAGAGAGCGAUCUCUCAGAUCGGUGUUCUAACUUUGCGUAAGCUUUUUUUAUUUUUUUUUUGGAAGGUUUCAUGUAAAAUAUUUUUAAACAUUUUUGAAUCUAUGUGGAGUGUGGAGGGGCAGAUGCCCACCAUGAUCUUUUAAAAUUAGUGUAUUUUAGCACAAAAGUAAUGCACCUGUUUAUUUGCAUUGCAUUGUUUGUUGCAGCUUUUAUAGUAAAACCACUUAUUGUAAGCCAAGCUUUCUUGUAAAAUUUAGCGUUAAAUUGUCCAUCAGGAUAAUCAGUAGUAGUUACAGC